AAACCAUUCUCAUUUCUCAAAAUUUUUAAAAAAAAAUCAGUCUUGGUCUUUAAACGUUCGUUAUAUUUUCUUUUCUCAAUGCAGAGAAUCAAACAAGAUCGAUCUUUUAAUUUCGAUUCAUGUUUAUAAAGAAGACCCCAUUUCUUCUCUUCAAAAUUUGUUCACAAAGCCUUUGGCAAAAUGCGGGCUCCCAGUUUGCUGAUCUUGGGAUUUUUAGCAGUGUUGUCGGUGGUUUACUGUGUUGUUAUCCCACUGGAGAGAGCUUUUCCUUUGAACGGUCAAGUUGAGUUGAGCCAACUCUUAGCUCGUGACCAACUCAGACAUUCACGAAUCUUGCAGCGUUUCGUUGGUGGAGUCGUCGACUUCUCUGUUCAAGGCUCCUCUGAUCCCUAUCUCGUCGGGCUUUAUUUUACAAAGGUGAAACUCGGAUCACCUCCUAGAGAAUUCAAUGUGCAGAUAGACACUGGAAGUGAUAUAUUAUGGGUGACAUGCAGUUCUUGCACUGAUUGUCCCCAGUCCAGUGGGCUUGGAAUUCAACUCAGUUUAUUUGAUUCUUCAAGUUCGUCAUCUGCUAAGCUGGUUUCUUGUUCGGAUCCAGUGUGCUCUUCAGAAUUUCAAACAACUGCAACUCAGUGUUCUCAGAGUAAUCAGUGCAGUUACUCCUUCCAGUAUGGAGAUGGAAGCGGGACUUCUGGUUAUUAUGUAGCUGACAUGUUGUAUUUUGAUGCUAUUUUGGGACAGUCUUUGAUUGUCAAUUCUUCAGCUCUUGUUGUAUUUGGGUGCAGCACAUAUCAGUCUGGCGACUUAACUAAGACGGAUAAAGCUGUGGAUGGGAUAUUUGGUUUUGGCCGAGGUGAUCUGUCUGUUAUAUCACAAUUGUCAUCACGGGGAAUAACUCCUAGAGUUUUCUCACAUUGUCUGAAAGGAGAUGGCAGUGGAGGAGGUAUAAUGGUUCUUGGUGAGAUUUUGGAGCCCAACAUUGUUUAUAGUCCACUUGUCCCUUCACAGCCCCAUUAUAAUUUAAUGCUACAGAGCAUUGCGGUCAAUGGGCAGUUACUGCAAAUUGACCCGGCAGUUUUUGCAACAUCAAGUAAUCAUGGUACUAUCAUUGACUCUGGAACAACUUUGGCAUACUUAGUGCGAGAGGCAUAUGAUCCAUUUGUUAGUGCUAUAACAGCUACUGUUUCACCAUCUGUUACUCCCACCAUUUCUAAAGGAAACCAGUGUUAUCUAGUCCCCACCAGUGUAAGUGAGAUAUUCCCCCCAGUUAGUUUAAAUUUUGCGGCUGGUGCAUCAAUGACGUUAAAACCAGAAGACUAUCUUAUACGCUCUGGUUUCUAUGAUGGUGCUACAAUGUGGUGCAUUGGUUUCCAAAAGGUUCAGGGUGGAAUGACAAUUUUAGGAGAUCUUGUCUUAAAAGAUAAGAUAGUUGUUUAUGAUCUUGCUCAUCAACGGAUUGGAUGGGCCAACUAUGAUUGUUCAUUAUCUGUAAAUGUUUCCAUCACUUCCGGUAAAGACUUCAUAAAUGAAGGACAGUUGAGUGUGAGUAGCUCGACGAGAGAGAUGCUAUUCAAGCUUAUACGUUUGAGUUUUAUAACUCUCUUAAUACAACUGUUAGAGUUUGUGGAGUUCCAGGUUUUGUAAAACCCAUCAGUCUUUGAAAUUCCAUUCUUUCUUCAAUCUAUAUAGUAGAUUGUCCGAUCUUUAUUUAUGGUGAUCGGAAAGGCAUUUGUGGUUUUUACUCGGAUAGCAAAGGGUAGUUGUACCUGACAGUGUAAGGUUCUCACCUGGCCUGGAUUGCUCAUGAACGGACCGGAACAUUGAAUCUUCUUACGGAUAGCUGGGCUUUCUACUUGUAAGGAUCUUUUAUGUCCAUUGCUAAAGCUGUAUAUUAUCUCUCCACUGGAUUUGACGUGUAACACGAGUACAAACAACAAUGUUGCCAUCGAAAGCGGAAAGAAGGGCACUAGUUUUGGCUUGGUUUUAGUCAGAGAUGCUGAAAUAGGCACUUAAUGUCCAAGUUUGAAGUCAAUUUUGGAACAUCAUUGUUUGUCUGGGUUUUAGUGAUAUAAAAAUGUUCAUAAUUUUUCAUGUUUCCUCGUGUGUCAAGCCAUAGGCCAUAACCUUCUUGGUGACAAGCAAAUGUAAGAAAUUUCAUUAAAAAUUCUUCAGUUUAU